GAAGAAACCCUCUCGCUGCUCACUCGAUUGAGUCAAAAGCCUGGCGUGCAAAGCACACUGAUCUUAUCACGCGACACAGGAGCCAUUGUACGCACUUCUGGCCUCAUCUCGACCAGCUCAUCGGCGAAUACAAACGGAACGCUGCCCAGAUCGAGUGAAGAAACCCUGGUUGACAACUACACGAAUGGACGGACGGAAAGCGGGAUACAAAGUGCUGAAGAGGUAGCGAGUGCAGUGUGGAAGUUCUUCGGGGCUGCAGGGAGUCUCAUUGAUGGGCUCGACAAAGACGACGACCUUCGCUUGCUGCGACUACGGACCAAGAAGAACGAGCUGGUGAUUGUGCCGGAUCCUCAUUACAUCCUAGUUCUGAUCCACGAUACGCCGCCCGCCUAG